AUGGCUCCUGCCACUUGCCCUCGGGAUGCGGACCUCGACGCCUCAUUUGAACUUGACAGGCGUUCCAGCAACAUUCAUACCAUUGAUGACCGUCAAGGAUCGACAUUGGGAAACGCAGGUAUGUAAUCUGCCAACAAUCGCCCCUCGUGGAUUUGCUCGCCGUGAGGGCAAAGUGAAGCCCGCUGACUUUGGGACGCAGACCCUCUACCCGCUCCCCAAGUUGUGCGCGCGUGGCACGAGGCAGCCACAGCGCCUCUUCACAGAAUAUACCGCCGGCUCUUGGGACUACGUCCAUUCAAAACCACGUAUUUGAGCCUGUAUGAACCGCUGGAUUCCUACGCGGAGAGAUCCAUUGCGAUCGCAAGCGCUUUCUUCGCGAUCGUCGCAGGAGUUCCUUUACCAAUCAUCGGUUACAUCUUCGGCAAGAUUAUCAACGACUUUCCGCCAGAACCAGGCCCUUUGCAUCAACGCCUGGUACAGCUACUUGGAGUAGCAGUUGCGUAUUUUGUUGUCACUGCCAUCUACACCAUUGGCUUUGGUAUCACAGCGGAGAAUGUCUCGGUCAAAUUACGUCGGAGGCUCUUAGAGUGUCUACUACACCUGGAUCAAGCAUACCUAGACACGCACGACAUCGAUGUCAAUGGUCUUCUCAGCGAGAAGAUGGACACCAUCCAGGCCGGAUGCUCGGAGAAGGUUGGUAUCUUCAUACAGAGCUUGUCGUACUUUGUGGCAGCUUUCGUUGUGGGGUUCAUUCUCAACGCGAAGCUUACCGGUAUCCUGCUGGCAUCGGUGGUCCCUGCUCUGACUCUUUGCUUUGCGUUUCUGUCACCAGCGGUGUCAAAGUUCAGCCGUGUCGCUUCGCAGUACAACGGCCAAGCGAACGAACUUGUGGAGAGUGCCUUACGGGCGGUCAAGAUUGUACAAGCCUUCGACAUGAUUGGAAAGCUUUGCCAACAACAUAUCGGGUAUCUGGAUUCGCAGACGGAUGCGAACGUCAAAAAGGCAGCAUUUGCAGCCUCCCAAUCUGGUGCUAUCUACUUCAUUGCAUUUGCUGCCAAUGCCUUGGCGUUUUAUGUGGGAAGUCGACUGUCAACAGGAGGGAAUGCCGGCACAGUCUAUGCAGUCGUCUUCCUGAUACUGGAUGCUUCCUUCGUUGUUGGUCAAUUUGCGCCCUUCCUGGAGAUCUUCGCACGAGCUGCCUCAGCCAAGGCUCAAAUACAGGACUUACUCGAUGCCAGCGAGCAGCAAACAUCGGCGACAUACCGCGCAUCGAGUCUGAAGCCCAACCUGCGAGGAAAGGACAUUGUCUUCAGGGAUGCGUCUUUCGAAUACCCCGCUAGGCCGAAUGUCAAGGUUCUCGACAGUCUUGAUCUCUGCCUCAAACCUGGCACAUUCACCGCUCUCGUGGUGAGUUCUUCUGCUCUUCUUGCUUCUUUUAAACGCAUUGUUGCCAAUCAACGACAAGCGUUUAUCUCAACUUUGCGGAUCGAACACUUCGCUUAUAUGCGCUUAUUGUCAUCACAAAGAUCAUGAAUGCAGAAGUACUAAAUCGGCGCUACUGUCUGUCGAUGUGAAAUUGCGAAGCACAAACACACUGUGCAGCAGAACUAUUUCUAACUGCUUGUCAGGGUACCAGUGGUGGCGGAAAGUCAACAAUAGUUGCACUACUCCUCGGUAUCUACGAGUAUCGCGGCCAUAUAACGUUCGGUGCGGAUGAAGUUCAAUCAAUCGACUCAAAAUGUUUGCGCUCUCAGAUCGCUGUCGUAGACCAAGACACGACCUUAUUCUCUGGAACGGUGUUCGACAACGUAUGCUAUGGACUCAUUGGGCAUGAUUUGACCCAAGACGAGAAAUCUGCACGGUGCAAGCAGGCCUUGAAAGAAGCCAACGUCGACUUCUUGGAUCGACUACCGGAUGGUAUGCACACACGCCUCGGCAAUGAGAUGCAAUUAUCUGGAGGGCAGAGACAACGAAUUUGCCUUGCUCGCGCGCUGAUCAAGCGACCUGCCCUGCUCAUCCUCGACGAGCCGACCAGUGCCUUGGACGCGACUAGUGAAGUGGCAGUAAUGGAAGCUGUCAAAACAGUUGCUGCUUCGGGCACCACUGUCCUCAUGAUUGCUCAUCGAUUGUCAACCACACUAGCUGCUGACCACAUCGCCGUCGUGAGCGAAGGCAAAAUCGUUGAAGAGGGAUCACCAAACGAUUUAUCUGAAGGGGGUGCUGUUUUCCGUGGCUUACUCGACGCUCAACAGACCAAUAUGCCAAGCAGAGAGGAGUCUCCAACUGCUAGCGAAGCUUCAUCAAUGCAUCGAGUAAGCACUGCGCUCACAACAUCUGCCGACGUCCCUCCAGGCAUCGAUGAUGUGCCACCUCAGCAGGAGGACGCUUACGCUGCCAAGAUGAGCUUCAAGAACGUCGCAGGACGUAUCUUACGCAUGUCUAAACCAGAAGGCUGGAUGUCGCUACUCGGUAUUUUCGCGUCUGUUGUCUCUGGCGGUAUUCUGCUCGGCCAAGCAAUAAUCUUUGGCAAUCUCAUCGAGGUAAGAGUCUCUCGCAAGCUUCGACAAAGCAAGAUGCGCUAAUAUUUCUCGCAUCACAGCUUCUCAACGGAGGCAGACAGGGGACUUCCUACUACAACAGCGCGGAGUUCUUCUGCCUCAUGUUCUUCAUACUCGCGCUGAUUGCUCUUUCUUCAUACAUUACGAGCGGGAGCGUUUUCGGAGUUAUAUCCAUAAGACUAACGAGCCGAGUGCAGAAGCAGAUGCUAUACAGGCUUCUACAUCUCGACCUUCAGUGGUUUUUCGAGGCCGGACACUCAACACAUCGACUGAUGGGUGCGUUCACCAAAGACCCGGGCGAUUUGGCAGCUCUUGGUGGAGUAGCUCUCGGUGCAAUAUUCACCAUCAUGACCUCUGUCGUGGGUGGUCUAGUCCUUGCUCUUGCCAUCGCUUGGAAGAUUGCAAUCGUAUUGUUCUCCAUGAUGCCUGUUAUGGUGGUCGCGGGGUUUCUCAGGUCAGCAACUAUCUUCUCGAAUCAUGUUAAAGCGUACACUGAUUUGGCUUUAGGCUUCGAAUACUUACUAUAUCUGAGACUAAGCAUCGAGAAGCUUACAGCGGAGCAACCAGUCUCGCGGCCGAAUCCUGUCGGAACAGAAGAGCCGUAACGGCGCUGUGCCUCGAACAGCACUUACUGGACGAAUAUCGACAGGCACUUUACAGGCCAUACCAUCAGAUCCGGAAUUUCGUUUUGAUAGCCAACACUUUGUUGGCCUUUUGCUUUUCAGUCACAUACUUCGUCUAUGCUCUCGCCUACUGGUGGUAAGUCUCAUCCGUUCAGCAACUCCAACACUGCUAAUGCUUCCGGAAAGGGGAUCCAAGCAAGUACGAAAUGGUACAUAUACUACCACGGAAUUCUUCAUCGUACUGCCAGCUCUGCUGUUCUCGGCGCAGCAAGCCGGUCAAUUCUUUAGCCUGAGCCCCGAGGUGGCUCGGGCAAAGACAGCUGCGAGAAGCGUCUUCACCUUACUUGACGCCGAGCCGAAAAUCAUGCGCCUCUAUAGUGGGAGUCUGUCGGCCUCGUCCGCAUCGAAGCUACAACUGUGCUCAUCUUCAAAGAACUUGAUUCCGGGCAGUCGAGAUGAAACUCCAGUCCGCGGAUGCCCUAAACUGGAGUUUCGCAACAUAUCAUUGAUAUACCCAAACGCCAAGGGUCCCGCAUUACAGAACGUCAACCUCCAGAUUCACAGCGGACAAACGGUGGCUUUCGUGGGACCAUCAGGGGCGGGAAAGUCAUCCACCAUGGCACUCGUCGAACGCUUUUUGGAUCCUACCUCGGGGACAAUGAUGUUCGACGGUAUCGACUACCGAGAUAUCGACGUCCAACGACUCCGCAGCCGUAUGGGUCUCGUCACCCAGGACCCAGACCUGUUCCCCGGAUCCAUAGCCUACAAUAUCAAGCUCGGCUCCGCACCAGACCAAACAAUCACCGACGGGGACAUCCAAGUAGCAUGUCAAAAAUGUGGUCUACAUGACUUCAUCACUUCUUUACCAGAGGGCUACAGUACCAACUGUUCCUCAGGCUUGAGCGGCGGCCAAAAACAACGCUUGUCAAUCGCACGAGCGCUCAUCCGGAACCCGGAUAUUCUCCUGCUCGACGAACCGACGAGUGCUCUGGAUGCACACAGCGAGGCACAUGUUCAGGCUGCGCUACUGGCAGAAGCAUCGAAAGAUCGAACGACCAUAAUGGUUGCCCAUCGGCUUGCGAGCAUUCAACACUGUGACCGGAUCUAUGUCUUUGACAACGGCUCAGUGGUUGAGCAGGGAACACAUUCCGAGCUCGUGCAGCAAGACGGGCUCUACGCUAGUAUGGCAAAGGCCCAGAGUCUUGCGUGA